AUGUAUAAUUAAUUUAUUGAUGAGGAAGGUCAAGAGAGACAAAUAUAGUAUUUAGUGGAAUUAGGUAUUUAGUAAUUUAAGAAAAGGAUUUCCUGAAAGUAAAGCUAGAAAGGGAGUAGAAUAAUUUGGUUAUACAAUUAGCUUAGAAGAUUUAAUUAACAGAAUUUUAGACAUGAGUGAUGACAAUUCAAAAAAAUCAAAUGGAAAUAAAAUAAGUUUAAUUCAUUUUUCUGAUUCAAGUAGUGAAAAAAACUCACCUUUCAAUUAACCUUUAUAAUAAUCAUAAUCUUAAAAACAUUGCUAAGCAAAAUUAAAUUAAUAACCUUAAAAGUAGGCAAGUUUGCAAUUUUAACAGCAAUAAAAAGUAGUAUAAUAGUAAUACUAGCCACAAUAAUAGUUAUAAUAAUAGAAUCAAUAUUAGCAGUAGGUAUAACAAUAAUAAUAACUAUGUUCAUUCUAAAAUAUAUUAUAGUAUUAAUAACCAUGGGAGAAUGAUGAAUUUCCAAAAUGUUAAGUUUGUUUUACUUAACCAAUAUAAUGGCUUCAUUUUGAAUGUAAACAUCAAUUCUGUUAACCAUGUGUAAUAAAAAACAUAAAAGCUUCAAGAAUAAGAAGGAUUGAAUAAGUUACUUGUUUACAAGAAGAUUGUCAUUCAAAAUUAGUUAAAGAAGAAAUCCAUCUAGUAAGUAAUGAGUUACUACCAUAAAUUGAUGUAUUUCCAAUAUAAAAUUAGAUCGAACCAUAUAAUGAACCAAUAUGCACAAAAUGUAAAUUACCAUAAGUGGCUCAUAAAUUUAAAUUGUUUUCAAAUGCUUGUGACAGUGCAGAGUUUACAAUUUUAAGUGCAUGUAUUAAACAUGAUGAAGAAGGUAAUUAACUUUAAAGAUGUCCUUAAUGUGGUAUAUGGGUCUAAAAAUCUAAAGGGUGUAAUUCAGUUUUAUGUUCGUACAUUUUUCAUUUUAUAAAAAGAUUAGCUAUUGUAAAUUUAAUUGGUGUUGGUUAUGUAGAAGAUAAUGUGAUAGCAAUCAUUAUGUAUUUUUUAAUCCAGUUGGUUGCCCAGGUUUAGGUGCUGAAGAAUUUACUAUUGAAUAAUAUCCUUGUCAUAAAAUAUGUUGGAUUAGAGUAAAAGUGAUUCUAAUCUAUCUACUAUUGAUUUUGCUUUGCAUAAUAGUUUAUCCUUUUUUUGUUGCAUAAGUAGUUAUAAGAAGAAUGAAAAUUAUUACUUAAGGAAAUAUUUGUUAUCGCUUUAUGAUCUAUAUUGGCAUAGCAAUUUUAUUUUUAGUGCUCUCAUGUUUGGCAAUCUUUCCAGGAAUUAUCAUUUUCAUAUUUUCAUAAAAGGCCAGAAUAUAUGUAUUUGCUAGUUGA